AUGGAUGAAGUACCAAUUCCAAAGAAUAACUUACCUGAAUCUGAAGUGGUUACAGAAUCUUCCAAUCCAUCUGAAAUGAAUGAUGAUGAGUGUUUGCCAGACGUUAUUGGUGGGGAUAAUUGUCCUACUACGUCGAAUAACAGUAAUUCAGAUGACCAAACAAAUGAUGUGGAUGAUGAAGAAGAGACUUCGUCUAGAAAUGAACAAUCCCACUCAUCUGUAAAUACAUCAGUAACAAACAGUAGCCAAUCGAAACCACGAAAACAACGCAUAUCUUACAAUGGAAUGGAUGAAGCCACCUUAAUUGCGCUAAAACCAUUUCAAUGUGAUGAUUGUGGAAAACGUUUCCAGAAGGAUCGUACAUUAAAACUACACAAAUUAUCUGUACAUGAAGGUCGUAGACCUUUCUCUUGUGAUAUAUGCGAUGCCAAUUUUACACAAAAUGGUCAUUUAAAACAACACAUUAAUACAGUGCAUAAAGGUUUACGACCAUAUGCGUGUGAUGUCUGCAAAAGACGCUUCACCAAAUCCAGAGCGCUUAGGCUGCAUAAAUGCGGGACUGAUAAGCCAUUGAAACCUUUUGUUUGCGAUGUCUGCGGGCGAGGAUUCUCUCACAUGCAUACAAUGAAAACUCAUCGUGCUUCCACUCAUGAAGGUCGACGUCCAUUUGGUUGUGGAUUGUGUGGUGCUCGUUUUCGUGAAGCUGUGGAAUUACAAAAGCAUCGACGUACAUUUCAUUCUGAUGAAAUAAGUUACAAUUGUGGUGUAUGUGGGGUUGCUUUUCGACAUGCUUCUGAAAUGCGUGAGCACAGAGCUACUGUUCAUGAUGAUGACAGACCUCAUGCCUGUGGUAUUUGUGGAAAGCGUUUUGGUCAAGCCAGUAAACUACAAAAACAUAAAUCUGCUGUUCAUGAAGGCAAACGUCCACAUUUAUGCGAUAUAUGCGGUGCUCGUUUCACACAAAGUGCUCAUUUAAAACAGCAUAAAAUCUCUGUUCAUGAAGGCAAAAAACCAUAUCAAUGCAACUUUUGUCUAAGACGUUUCACCCAACUUGGACAUGUUCGUGUUCAUAAGUGUGUUGUAGACCAAGGUUUUAAACGUCAUACCUGUGAUACAUGUGGCAAACAAUUUACACAAUUGGGUACAUUGAAAAAGCAUAUUGCUGGUGUACAUGAAAAAAUACGUCCUCAUAAGUGUGAAAUUUGUCCUAGCGCCUUUGGUUGUGCAAGUGAACUACGUCGGCAUGUAGAAAAUGUUCAUAAUCGUGAAAACAUUCGAAGUUGUCGACAUUGCAGUGAAACAUUUGACAGUACCAACCGUUUAAAACAACAUGUGGCUUUAAAACACACAGCGGACAAUAAAAAGUUUGCUUGUGAAUUGUGCGGAAAUCGUUUCACCCGACAGGUUGCUUUAACGCGUCAUUUACAAACUCAUACUGAUGAGAAACCAAAAAAAUGCAAUAACUGUGGUGCAACAUUCACAUCCAUCGAGGAAUGGCAAUCUCAUGUAUCAACGUGUCAUGACAAUGAUGAUGAUGGCGUCCAUAUCUGUGAAAUUUGUGGUGAUCGUUUCAAUUCCCAGGCUGUAUUAAAAACGCAUAAAAGGACAGCACAUCAGAAAAUUCGAACAUAUGAUUGUCAACAAUGCGGUAAAAAUUUUCUUCGUCUUAACAGUUUCAAGUAUCAUUGUUGCAUUGAAAGUAAACCUGAUGAUGAAAAGAAAACUGAAGGCAACGAGCAGUCAUCAAAAGCUUCAACAGAAACUGCCACAUCGCAAUCUUCAAUUAAUGAAACUAAAAAACCGGUGAUGAAUAAUGUUCCUACACCGACGCCUCCUUUAUUAGGUGUAUCACAGAAUACAAAUCUAGCCGCUAUAGCAAUGCUUUCAGCUGUUGUCACUAGUUUUGGCCUACCGGUACCAUGUUUACCGUCGCAUUCUGAUGGUAAAAAUCAAUCAAAACAAAAUGUGCCUGUUGUACAACCGUCGACAAUCCCACCUCCUUUACUUGGAUUUCCGCAAGCAGUUAAUCCAACUAGUGCAUCCAGUUCUUCUAGUUUACCACUUCCCAAUUCGUUACUAAACAGUCUAUCGACAACACUACCACCACCACUUGCAACGUCGUCGGCUUCUCCUACGCCUGGUACUGUCGUAUCCAGUGAUAAUCGAAAGUUGUUUAUCAAUCAAGCUUUAGCUGUUUUAAAUGCUUUCGCCUCUUCGGCUAAUAAUAGCAAUAUUGAUUUUUCCAAUUUUAACAAAUCUGGUGCCAGUAGUCAAUUGUCGAAUACAACUACGAAGUUAGUUAAACCUGAACCAAUAACUAACGGUACCAAUGAGAUAAAUUCAUCAAUAUCAAGUUAGUUGAAAAGAGGUAGAUAUAUACAAGAAUCCAAAGGUGUUCAAAUAACAGUGAGAAAAUUUUUUUAUUAUUGAAGAGUCAAAGAAAUUAUUACCGCGUCGUGAUGUGCUUUAUUUCAAGUGAUGGUCUUAUUAAAUCUAAUUUACUCAUCCGGUUGAUUUUGGUGUUGCUCACUUAUAAUUAUUAUUGACA